AUGUUGCUUCCUGUACCACUUUCUUCUCCUUGUUUACUUAUUUUCUGUUCCCUCUUGCAUAAUGCAGGUUGCAUUCAGCUUCCGAUAUUGCCGUGUUCCCCAGGAAGAGAGAGUGCUUGGGGCACUCUCAUAUGCUUCUCCGAGACUCGCUCAUUUCUUUCCUUGCCAAUGAAACAAGACAGUCGCAUGGCGGGAAACUCGGUGAAUCUGCCUCAUGCAACUAGAAGAAGAAGUACUUUGGCUUUCAAGUUCCUGAUACCCUUCGUUCUAGUUCUUUCAGUUUCUGUUAUUGCUGUCACCCAGUACUUCCAAAGUAUCUCCUACUUUCUGCGGCCGCUGUGGGACACACCACCAAAGCCCUUCUCCCGUAUCCCGCACUACUAUGCCCCUAACAUGUCCAUGGACCAGCUGUGUCAGCUCCAUGGCUGGGGCAUUCUCUCCUUCCCUCGCCGUGUCUUUGAUGCUGUUCUCUUCAGCAAUGAGCUCGAUAUUCUGGAAAUCCGCUACCAUGAGCUCUUUCCGUAUGUUGACAGGUUUGUCAUCCUUGAAGCGAAUGCUACCUUCACUGGCAUCCCAAAGUCACUCACCUUCUUUGAAAACCUCAACCGUUUCGCAUUUGCUAGCUCAAAGAUUGUCUAUGACAUGCUUCCCAUUGGAGAUUUGGAUCCUGAUUCUCGCCGAAUGCCCUUCCUUGUAGAAGCCGGUCACCGCCGUGCACUUAACAACCUGCUAAAAAGAUCAGGCAUUGCUGUGGGGGAUGUCUUGAUCAUGGCUGAUGCCGAUGAGAUCCCCAGUCCUGAAACCGUGCAGUUGCUGAAGUGGUGUGAUGGAAUACCGCCAAUCAUGCAUCUCGAGCUAAAAAACUAUAUGUACUCCUUUGAAUUUCAUGUGGAUCAAAACAGCUGGAGAACGACAGCGCAUGUGUUCACCGAGCGGACCAAGUAUCAACACUCCCGCCAGACCGACCUGAUGCUGGCCGACGCGGGCUGGCACUGCAGCUUCUGCUUCAGGGAGAUCAAGGAGUUUGCUUUCAAGAUGAAGGCAUACAGCCAUGCAGACCGGGUGAAACAUGACAUCUUCCUGAACCCUGACAGGAUCCAGAGAGUCAUAUGCAAUGGGGAUAACAUUUUUGACAUGCUACCUGAGGAGUACACGUUUAGUGAUCUCUUCAAGAAGAUGGGGCGGAUACCGAGGUCAGCGUCCGCUGUUCAUCUUCCAUCCUAUUUGAUCAGGAACGCGGACAGCUACAGGUUCUUACUUCCUGGUGGGUGCUUGAGACCGGGCUAA